AUGGCGGGGUACGAGGAGGAGAACCUGAACGCCAUGAACGGCUACGAGGAGGACGAGGAGGUGGAGGAGGAGGUCGAAGAGGAGGUAGAGGAGGAGGAGGAAGAGGAGGCGGAGGAGAGGCCCGCCGCCGAGGGAUCUCGAGAUGGAGGAGGUGGAGGGGAUGCCGUUGGUAGCGGAGACGCUGGCGGCGUGCAAGGUGGUAGGGACGUGCCUGCCGAGCCCGCCGACGGGUCCGGGAAAAUUUUCGUUGGGGGUGUAGCCUGGGAGACAACCGAAGAAAAAUUCACCAAGCAUUUUCAGAAAUAUGGAGCUAUAACUGAUUCUGUGAUCAUGAAAGACAAGCAUACCGGGAUGCCUCGUGGAUUUGGAUUUGUUACAUUUUCUGAUCCAUCUGUGAUUGACAGGGUUCUGGAGGAUGAACAUACUAUAGAUGGAAGAACGGUUGAAGUCAAAAGAACUGUGCCUAGAGAGGAGAUGUCAACAAAAGAUGCUCCUAAUAAGACAAGAAAGAUCUUUGUUGGUGGCAUUCCAGCAUCACUAACUGAAGACAAGUUAAAGGAACACUUCUCCUCAUAUGGGAAGGUGGCUGAGCAUCAAAUCAUGGUUGACCAUAGCACUGGCCGUUCACGAGGCUUUGGCUUUGUUACCUUCGAAAGUGAGGACGCUGUUGAAAGGGUUAUGUCAGAUGGGAGAAUGCAUGAUCUUGGAGGGAAGCAGGUUGAAAUAAAAAGAGCCGAGCCAAAGAAACCUGGUGGUGGUGAUUCAAGCUCUUACAGUAGACAUAGCCAUGGAGGAGGUGGCAAUCGUAGCUCAUACCGUGGUGGAGGUGGCGGUGGUGGUGGAGGCCGUUCCGCCAUCAGCAGCAGCAGUGGCUAUGGGUAUGGAGCUGACUACCGAUCAGCUGCAGCCGCCUACUAUGGUAGUGCAGGAUAUGGUGCCUACGGUAGAGGGUAUGGUGCAUAUGGAGGUAACCCUGCCUAUGGGUCAGGUUUUGGCUCUGCUUAUGGUGGUUCUAUAUAUGGAGGCCCGUAUGGUGCCUAUGGGGCAUAUGGGGGUGCCUAUGGAGGUGGCGCAUAUGGUGCACCUGGCGGCUAUGGUGCAGGUGCAGGCGGGUAUGGUGGCUAUGGGGGAACUGGGAGCAUGGGUGGUGGUGGGAGCGCGAGCGGUCGAGGCUCGGGCAGCCGCGCCGUGCAGCUAAGUUGGGACCCGAAUAUUGGGACUCUGGCUAGAUGGCAUCAGUCAGGGACUAGUCCUCGAUUGGCAGAUAGGAUGCUGGAUCGGUGGGUUGAGAAGUUUAUCCGGGCAAUCACCAUCAUAUCUCAUAUAUUGACACAGUACAUUUGA